UUCCAGUGUGAGCGCGCUCGCUCAUUUUGUUGUUAACGUGCGCUUGUGAACGACAGACGUGUGCUGUGCAGAAAUAAAUAUAUGUUGAAAUAAAACCGUGUUAAAUGCAGCCGAAAACCGAACGCGUGUGAGUGCGCCUGUGUUAGUCGAAUUUGUGUCUGUGUUUGUGUAAACGACUUCCCAGCAGCACGCAAUAAGAACGAAAAAGCGAAAAGAGACAACGAGAGGACUACGUCAAAGUUGGAAGCAGAAACAGCAGCAGAAGCAGAAUAUACACUCAUUUUAAUUAAAAUAUAAACAACAAACUCAAAAAUGACUGAAUUAGAGCAACCGCCACAAAAUGGCAUAGAUCCCACCGCGGGCGAAGAUGAUGAUAACAACAAAGCGCGUCCCGCGGACAUUGAACAGGAUAUGCGUGAAAUGGAGCGACGCAAACGUGUGGAGGCCAUCAUGGGCUCAAAACUGUUUCGCGAGGAAUUGGAGCGCAUUGUGGAUUCGGCACGCGAAGGAGGCGCUGGCGCCAGUGGAAUAUUGCAGCAAUUGUCAGAUAUUGUGGGCGUGCCCGUGAAUCGAGUUAGCAAUGUGUUUAAGAGCAGCAGUUGCAUGGUGCCCAUCAAUGAUAUCCGUGGCGUGGAAUCUAUGGGCUAUGCCAAGGGUGAGAAGAUACUCAGAUGCAAAUUGGCGGCCACAUUCCGUUUGCUGGACCUGUACGGCUGGACCCAAGGUCUGGGAGCACAGAUCACGGCACGCCUCAAGGUCGAUCAGGAGUACUUUUUGGUUAAUCCCUAUGGACUGAUGUACCAUGAGAUGACCGCAUCGGCCCUCAACAAAGUCGAUAUGCAGGGCCAGAUUGUGGAGCAGGGUACCACCAACUUUGGAGUGAACAAGAGCCACUUUGUGUUGCACUCGGUGGUGCAUGCAGCUCGUCCUGAUAUUCGCUGCGCCAUCUAUAUUGGCUGCAGUCCCGUGGUGGCCAUCUCCUCGCUGAAGUCGGGCCUGCUGGCCCUCACCAAGGAUGCCUGCGUAUUGGGCGAGAUUAGCACACACAUCUACACCGGACUGUUUGAUGAGGACGAACGCAAUCGUCUGGUUCGCAGCCUGGGACCCAACUCCAAGGUCAUGUUGCUAGCCAACCAUGGUGCGCUGUGCUGUGGCGAGACCAUCGAGGAAGCUUUCUAUGCCGCCUGUCACAUUGUCCAGGCGUGCGAGACGCAAUUGAAGCUGCUGCCCGUCGGUAUUGACAAUCUGGUGCUUAUACCCGAGGAGUCGCGCAAGUUAAUCUACGAUCAGUCGCGUCGUCCACCAGAGGAUUUGGAAAAGAAAUUUGCCGCUGUCACAGCGGACGACGAUGCAGCUGCCGCUAACAAAGAGGAAGCUGCUCCACCCAAGAUCGGCAGUCCACCCAAGUGGCGUGUGGGUGGUGCCGAAUUUGAGGCAUUAAUGCGUAUGCUGGAUAAUGCUGGCUAUCGAACUGGUUACAUCUAUCGUCAUCCAUUGAUCAAGUCGGAUCCGCCAAAGCCUAAGAAUGAUGUGGAACUACCACCAGCUGUGUCCUCGUUGGGUUAUCUGCUCGAGGAGGAGGAGCUCUUCAGACAGGGCAUUUGGAAGAAGGGAGAUCUGCGCAAGGGCGGCGAUCGCAGUCGCUGGCUGAACUCGCCCAAUGUUUACCAGAAGGUCGAGGUACUGGAGACGGGCACUCCAGAUCCCAAGAAAAUCACAAAGUGGGUUGCCGAGGGUUCACCCACUCACUCAACUCCAGUGCGGAUCGAGGAUCCUUUGCAGUUUGUGCCAGCUGGAACCACAACCAAGGAGUUUAAGCGCGUCCAACAACAAAUCAAGGAUAAUCGACGUGCUGACAAAAUCUCGGCCGGACCACAAUCGCACAUAUUGGAGGGUGUUACCUGGGAUGAGGCAAAUCGUAUCAAAGAUGCAACUGUCUCGCAAACUGGCGACCAUGUGGUGCUCAUGGGUGCUGCUUCCAAGGGAAUCAUACAGCGUGGCUUCCAGCAUAAUGCAACAGUCUACAAGGCACCGUAUGCCAAGAAUCCAUUCGAUAAUGUGACAGACGAUGAGCUCAACGAGUACAAACGCACCGUGGAGCGCAAAAAGAAGAGCAUUCAUGGCGAAUAUACCGAUACGGACUUCUCGGAGUCUGAGGCACUCAACUCGAUGCAAGCAGCAGGGGCACAUGCACAUGCAAAACACGCACAGAGUGAACCAGAAACGGAACACCAAGUCAUACAGAUCCAAACGCAGCAGGCGCCAAUUCCCAGCCAGGCUGAGGUUGUGCUGAGCGAUGAUGAGAGGCAGAGCAUCAUCUACGAUGAGGUGGACAAGGAGAAUCAUAAUGAGAAGCAGAAUAGUUCAUCCUCGACUAGCAAGUGUCGUCGUGAUUUAAGCUCAGCAUUUGUUAAUCCUCCCUCUACUAGUUCCCGUCCUGACUUGCCACAGAGAUCUGAGCACUUGGCUGGGCAAAGACAGAUUCAAAAUGAUUUCUAUACUUAUGCUUAUGGUGAGGGUGGUGGGUCUGUGUCUUUGGGUCGCUGUUGUCAGCCGCAGAUUUGUUCGCUGCUCCUGAAUGCUUUACACUCGGAGCACUUGAAUCCCAUGUCCUAUCAUCGCAAUAGUCCCACUUCGAGCACUGUGACCACCAGCACUCAUGAAUCCUUGACGCCACGUCGUCCCUUGCAGUUGGCCAAUGUCGUGUUGACCGUUCCCUCUGUUCCGGCUCCGUAUCGCACCUGUUCCCACUUUGGCUUCAAUUCGCCGCGUCAGACGCCACGGACGGAGCACCGACAUGUGCCAGCUGGAUCCGAAUGUGUUCGCUAUCGUCCAAUGCAUCGUGUGAUCAGCUAUGAGGAGAUCUUUGCCACACCCCGUUACGAGCAGCUGUGCCACUCGUGCUUCGAUCAAUUGCUGCGCCUCAAGCCGGAGCUGCAGCGUCGCAGUGCUCCAAGCAGCAGUCUCGAAGAUCCCGAUGAACUGAUUAGCUAUCCCAGCAGCUCGGUUACGCCACGGAAGCUGACCACUUUAACUGAGACAAAUGAUGAGGGAGGCGAGGAGGAGCAGGAGCAGGAAGAGGAAGAAUAUGCUGAGAUCUCGGAGCGUCCAAAUGCUCAGUGUCAUGUUAGCACACAGACAGGUUCCAGUUUCCUACGACAGCUCGACCGUUUCAACUACUCUGAGGAAUCGACCAAUGUGGGCUAUGUGCCAGGUCUGCAGAUCAGUGACAUCAGCUUGCCAGGUGUCCCUACCAUGUCCAGUCCUGCGGCCAGUGCAACGAGCGAGCCGCCGUUGAAAUCAUUGCCAGGACUGCAAACCAAAUCCACCAUAACGGACAUUACGGAGGUGUGGAACUUUGGCAACUGGCAGCAGGAAUCCCAGCAAGAUCGGCAGAAGCAACAGCCGCUCACUGAACGUCAUAUAACUUUAGAGAUUACACAGCAAUUUAAUGCCCCACAGGAGCAGAAUCGGGAUCAGGAGCGACAGUUAAUGUCACGGGAUGAGCGACAGCGUCGGAAAACGGAAUUCGAAGAACUCUGGCAGGAUCAUGUGCAGUACUUUGGCGCCAAGCAGAAUAUGGAAGAGGAAGCAGCACCAACAGUUGCUGGAGAGGCGCAGGAGGAGGAAACUCUAUGGACAUUUGUGCCGGCAGCAGCUCAAGCAGAGCAAGUCCAAAUUCUAGCUCAAGACUCCUCCAACGAGGAGGCACAGCAACAGGUGACAGACGAAGCGUUGCCAAAGAUGUUGCAAGAUUUCGAAGAGAGUCUCAGCGCAGCCGGUGAGAAUCUGGAGAAACUGGUGGCCAUUGCCAAGAAGCUGCAAGUGGAGGAAACAAAAGAGGAAGAAGAAGAAGAAACCGUGGAAUCCAUGGAGAAUGGUUCGCUAUUUCGUGCCAUUAGCUUGGAGAAUAUUGCCGAAGCCGAUGAUGCGGCAUCUGUGUCGGAGCCACAACUUAUGGUGACGUUCACGGAUGAUGAUGAUGAUGCGGGUGAAGAGCUGGAGGAACAGGAGGAGCAGGAGCCUCAGGAGGAGAAGCGAGACGAUGAGAAGCCAGUGACACCUUUGCCCGAAGUGAGCUACAAGGAAAAGAACAAUCCCGAGUGCACACAAAUCGAUGAGAAGGAAGUCGAUGAAAAUGAAGGACAUAAAGUAGAGGAAGAGAAACAGGAGCAGCAACAGGAGUCGAAAUCACAGCAAGAGCGAGCAGACACUAUGGCAAGUGGUUCCUCCACUGAUAAUGGCAUAUUCUCGCCAUUGGAACGCGAGAUUCUCGAUCGCAUCGAGGCUGGCAAGCUGAAGGAAAGGGAAUCGAUCUUUGGCCGGAUUGAUGAGAGCAUACGCAACAAGUUGACGACUUGCCGGCUCAAGAACAUGGUCAGCGAUGUGGAAGAAACCUUCUCGACAUGCACACACAUCUUUCGAAGUCCGCCGCCAAAAAAGACGACGCCGACAUCGACGCCGCAGCCGCAUCUGUUUCAAUUCAGCAGCGAACCGCGUCCCUCCGCCUACAGCAUGCACAACAUUGAGGCACCGAGCAGCUCCUCGGCCCAUGUGCAUUUGGUAACGGGUCAGGCGCCACGACUUUCACGCUCCUGGACAAGCUAUCCGGCGGAGAGCAGUGAGCAGGCGUCGCCAUCACCCUCGCCGUCCACCUCGUCGCUGGAGAGCAGCAUGUCCUCCAAGACAUUUGUGUGUCGCAGCACGCCGCGACAGAAGCGCAACUUUAUCCAGGAGAACAUACGCAAUGCCAGCAAACCACGUGCAUACGCCUCCACGAUGAGCUCGAUUGCAAAUCGGAAGACUCGCAGACAGGAGACGCCAAGUGAUCUCCAAGCAUCUCCUGUGUGCACAUUUCAGGCGGAAGAGCGGGGAAGCAGCGCCCGUCUUUGGGUCACGUUGCCCAUGAGUCCGCGGAGUCCACGUAGUGUCAUCGGUCAGAAGCGCAGAUCGGCCAGUCCAAAUCGGGCAGUUUAUCCAACUUCCCACUCCUCCUGCUCGGCCUACGGCAAGCGUCGCAAACCCAUUGGGAUUCAUUUGGCCCGGAUGCGACGUAUUCCCCACUCCGUCUCCGUUUUGCAGAAAUCCAUAUCGAGUAGCACCUUCUUUGCCGAUACCUGUGAACUAUCCGAUAAUAUCGGAUUGAUGCAAGUCCAAUCAAAUACCACAUUUGAGCUGGAAGAAGAAGAAGAACCACAAAAUGAAACCCUCAAGCCGGAAACUGUUGAGGAAGAGGAUGAAAUUGGAGAGAAUAAAAUGAAUGCAACCAAUAGCACCAUUUAUUACAGUGCCAACGAUAGUACACUGACAGAGACUCAAAGAAGGAGCCAGGAAAUGGAAAUGACAAUAAAGAAGGAUAAUAAUAAAAAACUACAAACUCGAUUAUCCGGCGGAGAAACAACAGAUGUUGGCAGUCAAGAAGCUGGACAGGAAACUGUGGAAACCGAGGAAUAUAUUGAAUACACAAGCUAUAAUGACGAAUUGUCAGAUCCCGAUGCAGUUGAAGAGGAAGAAGAUAAUGGUGAGCAAAAAUUAGAGGAAAUUGAGGAAACUGAAGAACCCGAAGAAGCUGAUAAUCCAAACACAACUGAUGAUGAGGAAGAAACUUCCACAAACAAUCCAGUAACUUCAAAUGAUCUAGAGAUAGUCACUUACUCUAUUGACAAUGCUCAGACUUCGAGCUUGGAGAAUAUAUCUAUCGCCUUGGCAAAUGAAUCAAAUAUAGACAUUGUCAUCUUAGAAGAGAUUCAGGAAAGUACGAGUAAUAUUACAGAAAGCGAAGGUGAUAUUAUUUCCGCCGAACAGAAUGAUGAGAGAAAUGUGUUGAACAUUUUAGAAAUUGAUAGUUUUGACUCAUUUUCUCUUAGCUCGGUCCCAGCAGCCUUUAAUCUCGGCACAAACCGCAAACUCGACUUUAUAGAUAACGACAGUGAUGAUGAUAAAAGUUCAGUUGAUAAAGAAUUCUUGCUCACUAAAGAUGAGAAUUUACAAAUUUCGACUUCGGAUGAAUCGGAGGAGGAUGAUAACAAACCAAACACAUCUGCGGCAGCUGCAAAGAAAAGGAAAUCCAAAAGAAAAUCGGAAAACACUAAAGAUGACGAAAUUGUUGAAUUAAGAACACAGUGUAAGAUCAAGGAGGGAACUCUACAUAUAACCGAAGAAAAACCAUUAGACGAUAUUCAAAUCCCUCGUUGUGAGAAUGGUAAUAGGAAUAGGAUAAAUUCCUACAAUCCAUUUUUCGAAUACGAAGAUUGGAAUAUAUUCGAUAUGGUAGAUGAUGAAGCAAUUGCUGACGAACAUGAUGAAUAUGAGUUGGAGGAAUCUUUAAAUGAAUUUGAAAUAACAAUAGAAAAAGAUUUUGAUACGGAUCAUGAUGAUGAUGAAAAUAAUGAAAAUGAACAGUUGCGCAUUGAACUUGAUCCAAAUAUUCUGUAUCCCAUUAGCUCUGAGGAGGAUUCCUCAUACCUAAGAUUGCCUCCAGGCAUCUAUGACUUUGGUUCCUUUAUUCUGGAAUGCAUCAUAAGCGAAGAGCACACAACAGACGACGAAGACGACGAAAAAGACGAUACUAAUGCUAAAAACUCAUCACAAACUCUGGAAAUCUCUCAAAACGAAGCAAAUCAAUCGAUGGUUUUGCAAGAGGAAAUACAAAUCGAUAACUUUGAUAAUUUGGGUUUCGACAACUCACUUUCGGCUAAACCCAAAGACUAAUGCCCCACCCCACCCCUUUCUAUUUUUUCCCUUGAUAA